AUGGCAUAUGGCAAAAAGGGGACGAAAGGAAUGGAACGUACGGAAAAGAGCCGAAAGGUCGGAACGUACGGAAAGGAGCCGAAAGAGACGGAAUGUGACGAGUUUGAACCGAAAUAUACGGAACGUAACUGUAAGGGUACGAAAGGAAUGGAACUUGACGGUAAGGAGCCCAAAGGUACGGAAUUUGACGAUGAGGACCCGAAAGGGAUGGAAUGUGACGCUAAGAGCCGAAAGGGAUGGAGUGUGACGCUGAUUCGUCGAAUCAAUCGGCAAGGUAGCUGGCUUGUUUUGACUUCCACGCUAAGCGCCUAUAAUGUGAUAAGGCAUAUCGACGUCUUGCUAAUGACCGUAUUGGACCUGCCCAUUACGGGAGGUAGGAUCCCCGUUAAGCUGCAGGGCAUUCGUCAAUCAGCUUUCGGUCUAACGCCGCUGCCGGUCUGGUCAUCGACGGGUGAACUAGACGAUUAUGCUAUAGAAACAACUGGCCGAGGCCUGAUUGUUCGUCUGCCGCCGGCCGUGCUGAUUGACGCUGCCGCGAUGUCGCUUCGCCUGGUGAUCGCCUGCCUGCUGGUCGCCACGUUGGACGGCCAUAUCACGCCCGAUGACACCGAAGAGUACAUCGUCGCCGUCAAUAAGUACCGGAACAAGCUACCGGGCAGGAACCUGCAGUGCAUCGUAAGUGCGAUCGAGGGUGUGGCUGGGCCAAAGUCUUUGCCUGUCUGA